AUUGUACGUUUGAUCUGACCUCGGGCACACUAGCCCUAAGAGCAAACAUCGACGAGAGACUGGAUACACGACUUGGUGGUAUGAGGCAAAAAGAAACUCGUCAAAGCCAGCUGGGUCCAACAAAGUCCAAUAAGUACUCUGCCGGCCCGGGACAUCGAGCGCCUUUUCCUGCCACUAUUCCGCUUCACACCGAACGAAAAGGCUUUCGCUCAUACUUUCGUCACCGUGCUGUCCCUGAACUCUUUGCUUUUCAAGCUAACUAUAAUUGCUUUUAAAGGGUGCUGACUUUAAUACGAAGCCUGUGCUUGUUGUAAAUUCAUUCAAUCUUCAUAACGGUCGAGCAACAUCAACCGCGAUGGCCGUUUCGUCCAGCACGAAGCGAAUGAUAGUAGAUGUUGCGUUAUUCAUUGCUUCACAAGCAGCCUUGUAUUAUACCGUUCGAUGGGUAAUGAUGCCAGGGGGAGAGAAGAAAGAGGUGAAGACGAAGAGCCUGAAAGCAUUGGAGAAGUUAGGCCACAGGAAUUUGAAAUUGGACGAAUAUGAGCGGCAAAUUGCCUCUGAAGUCAUUCAUCCAGAUGACAUUGAAGUUGGUUUCGAAGAUAUUGGCGGCCUCGAACCCAUCAUAUCCUCUCUACGAGAGUCCGUCAUAUAUCCUCUCCUCUACCCUCACUUGUUCUCCUCAUCCGCACUCCUUGGCGCACCUAAGGGUGUCCUCCUGUUUGGCCCACCAGGGUGUGGUAAGACUAUGCUUGCAAAGGCGCUAGCCAAAGAGUCUGGCGCGACCUUCAUCAACAUCGCAGCAUCUGUACUUACCAAUAAGUGGUACGGCGAGUCGAAUAAGCUCGUAGCGGGGCUGUUCAGUUUGGCGAGGAAAGCGCAGCCGAGUAUUGUCUUCAUUGACGAGAUUGAUUCAUUCCUGAGGGAGAGGACGAAGGGUGAUCAUGAGGUGACAGGGAUGAUGAAGGCCGAGUUCAUGACGCUAUGGGACGGUCUCUUAUCGAGUUCCGACCGUAUAUUGGUUCUUGGCGCAACCAACCGACCAAACGACAUAGACUCUGCGAUCCUGCGCAGAAUGCCAAAACGAUUCUCUGUCGGGCUACCCGGAGAAGACCAGAGAUUGAAGAUUCUCAAAUUGAUGCUCAAAGAUACGAAGCUAGCAUCGGACUUCUCCAUGGACGCUCUCGCGCAACGGACAGAAGGGUUAUCUGGAUCAGACUUGAAAGAACUCUGCCGAAAUGCUGCGAUGAUCCCUAUGAGGGAGUUUAUGCGAGAGGCUGGGGAGCACCCAGAUAUUCUGGCUCGAGCUCAAGAUAAGGGCUUUGAGUUACGACCAUUGACUCUGGACGAUUUCUUCCAGACAGAUGGGACGAGCACAUUACCAGCGCCAGAUGCAGAUGAUUUCUUGUUUGCGAGGUUGCGAGCAUGAUAGGUCUUACGCUUCUGAGAUGUAUUUUUGGCUCCCAUUUUGUGCGACCGUUAACUUGAAGCUUAUUCUCCACUCCGUCUUGACCUUUUCCUUCCAAAAGUUUAUUGUGUUUGCUUCUUGUGACCAGCCGCGCUAGAACUCUGGCCCCUACAAAUACUAAAUCUGUCAGUCGACCUUACUGUAAGUAUGCUUAUCGCUGGGAAACCUAGCUUCUCGUGGUAUCUUUCAGAAGAUUACUGACGUCUCGUGAUACUGGUCACUUAUACAAUGAUGACUUUCAU